GAACCUCUAUGAGCUUAGCAGACGGAGCGGCAGGUAACGGCGGCAUGUCCCUUCGGUGUUGUGUUCGGUGCCCGGGCGAGUGGUGAACUUGGAAAAUCGUCGCGUGAAUUUUGCUGCCUGCUGUUACAAUGUCCAAAGCGUUGCGGAAGCUGUCAGCGUUACAGAAAUGUUGCUGCAUGCUGCUGGCACGGCGUCACCAGUGUACGACUGAGAAUGGCUACUUCCACAUUCCAGUGAUGCUGCAGGAGGUCAUCCAAUCACUUGGCAUCCAGCAAGACCAGACAUUUGUGGACCUGACCUUUGGAGCAGGUGGACACACCAAGCAUAUUCUGGCAGCUGCCAAGGGUGUUCGAGUGUUUGCCCUAGACCGAGACCCCAUAGCGUACAGGAGGGCGCAGGAGAUGGCCAAGCAGUACCCUGCGGGACGCCUGGUGCCCCUGCUGGGUCGGUUCAGUGAGCUGGGCCCCCUGCUGGAACGCCACGGAGUGUCUCCGGGCAGCCUGGACGGCGCACUGGUCGACUGUGGCUGCUCCUCCAUGCAGAUGGACGACCCCCAGCGGGGAUUCGGAUUGGCACGCCAGGGGCCCCUCGACAUGCGCAUGGAUGCAGCCAGGUUUCCCGACGAACCGACCGCUGCCGAUGUCGUCAACUCCCUCGACUACGACUCACUGGUGCAGGUGCUCAAGUUGUAUGGAGAGGAGAAGCGGGCCAAAAAGGUGGCACAGGCCAUAGUGGACUCUCGCUUCUUGAUGAAGAGCCUACGUACCACCACUGAGCUGGCACGCAUUGUCGAGGUAGCCCUGGAUGACACCGUUCGCAGUGUGGACUCCCUGGGUCGUCCCAGCCACCCGGCAACCAAGACGUUCAUGGCACUGCGUAUCCUGGUCAACAAUGAGCUCAACGAGCUGCACUGGGCCCUGGGCCUGCUGCGGCGAUGGCUGCGCCAGCCUGGUGGACGCCUGGCAGUGCUCACUUUUCACUCACUCGAGGACCGCAUCGUCAAGAGGCACUUCCAGGGUGUGGAUGUGAGUGAGCCAGUCGACAUAGCCCAGCGCUACCGCAAUGCGGCCGUGUGGCACAGUGCGGAGGAAAUGGUGUCCGAGCGGCAGUGCUACUGGCAGCCACUGGGUCCACUCCAGCUGCCAUCGAGAACGGAGCUGGAACGCAAUCCACGGAGCCGCUCGGCCAAGCUCCGUGUCGCCGAGAGGACGGCCGUCGAUUGACGCAAGCCAUGUCAAGCACCAAUCAAUUCUGUUCAUGAAAGGUUCACUUCAUUUCUUGCAUCUUCAGGAUCAUUAAAAGCAGCACAACAGA